AUGUCCAGCUCGAUCUCUAGAAAGAACCAACUCGAAGGGAUUGUUUGUUGGAUUGAGACUCAUUUUAGGAAGAAAUCUUAUAGAAUUCUUGCCCAAGUUCGCGAAAUUUCCAACAGAAUUAUCCAACCAAUAAUUCAAGACAGCACACAAAACAUUGCAAAUUGGCAGAAACAACGUUUAAAUGAAUUAAAACAACCACUUAAACAUAUCUAUGAUUUUGCAAUUUCUUUUAUUGAUUCAAAAGAGGAAGUUGUUAAAAAUAUCUCUCAAAGAUUUUCUACUUGGGUUAGACAGGCUUAUGAAAGAUUGGACAGGGCAAACAAGAAAUUGGUUGUAUUUGAGGAAAAAUAUUCUGGACUCCGCCAAAGAUUGGAUCUUGUACGACAAAUUAAAGAAGCACCAAAUAUUUACAUGUUAGCAGUCCCAGAAGUUAUAAGAAGGGAAGAGCUGAGAAAGGUUAAUUUUAAAUUAAUCCUUGCACUUUUCCCGACACCUUUUUAUCAUCUAGAAUUAAGCUGUUCUGGAUCAGACCUUGUUGUAGGGGUAGCACGAGGGACUUGGUGA